AUGUGGGUGCGAGGCGAGCAGCCCUGGGUGUGGCGCCGCCUGUCGUGCCUCGCCCAGCGCCUACGCUGGCUCCCACUUGCGUCACUGCACGCGUCCUCGCUGGCUGACAAACAACUGCCAACUCCCCAGAGGCUAGAAACAGAAUGCGAGGCCCUCGGCGCGGGCGUGCUCUCAGCGCUAGUGGAGUGCGGACAAACCUCGUUGGGCGGCAGCAGCAGCACACGCCUCCGACCUCCUGACGCUCAACAACACUGCACCGUGCCUAAGUACGGACUGACUGAGCAGCGAGCAGCGAGCAGCGAGCAGCGAGCUGGCGGCGGCCAGGUGCAAGUGGCAGGUGGGCCGCGCAGUUCCCGCACCGCCGACAGAGCGCACCACCCUCCGGCAGGCAGCCUCCGCGGCCGUGGCCUUCGGCGAGAGCCGGCCGACUUACCAGCUUCCAAAACAUUUUCCCGGCUGCAGCAGCCAGCCUGCCCACACCAGCCCGACUCCACACUGCCCCCUCCUCCACUGUCACGUCCUCGCAGUACUUCUCGAGCACGCCACCGUCGCGGCAUCGGCCGCCGCCGCCUCAGCAUCGCCCUGGCGUCCGUGGGCCGCUCUGCCUCAGGGCUGCAGCAGCCAGCCUGCCCACACCAGCCCGACUCCGCACUGCCCCCUCCUCCACUGUCACGUCCUCGCAGUACUUCUCGAGCACACCACCAUCCCGGCAUCGGCCGCCGCCGCCUCAGCAUCGCCCUGGCGUCCGUGGGCCGCUCUGCCUCAGGGCUGCAGCAGCCAGCCUGCCCACACCAGCCCGACUCCACACUGCCCCCUCCUCCACUGUCACGUCCUCGCAGUACUUCUCGAGCACGCCACCGUCCCGGCAUCGGCCGCCGCCGCCUCAGCAUCGCACCGGCGUCCGUGGGCCGCUCUGCCUCAGGGCUGCAGCAGCCAGCCUGCCCACACCAGCCCGACUCCACACUGCCCCCUCCUCCACUGUCACGUCCUCGCAGUACUUCUCGAGCACGCCACCGUCCCGGCAUCGGCCGCCGCCGCCUCAGCAUCGCCCUGGCGUCCGUGGGCCGCUGUGCCUCAGGGCUGCAGCAGCCGGCCUGCCCACACCAGCCCGACUCCACACUGCCCCCUCCUCCACUGUCACGUCCUCGCAGUACUUCUCGAGCACGCCACCGUCCCGGCAUCGGCCGCCGCCGCCUCAGCAUCGCCCUGGCGUCUGUGGGCCGCUCUGCCUCAGGGCUGCAGCAGCCAGCCUGCCCACACCAGCCCGACUCCACACUGCCCCCUCCUCCACUGUCACGUCCUCGCAGUACUUCUCGAGCACGCCACCAUCCCGGCAUCGGCCGCCGCCGCCUCAGCAUCGCCCUGGCGUCCGUGGGCCGCUCUGCCUCAGGGCUGCAGCAGCCGGCCUGCCCACACCAGCCCGACUCCACACUGCCCCCUCCUCCACUGUCACGUCCUCGCAGUACUUCUCGAGCACGCCACCGUCCCGACAUCGGCCGCCGCCGCCUCAGCAUCGCCCUGGCGUCCGUGGGCCGCUCUGCCUCAGGGCUGCAGCAGCCAGCCUGCCCACACCAGCCUGACUCCACACUGACCCCUCCUCCACUGUCACGUUCUCGCAGUACGUCUCGAGCACGCCACCGUCCCGGCAUCGGCCGCCGCCGCCUCAGCAUCGCCCUGGCGUCCGUGGGCCGCUCUGCCUCAGGGCUGCAGCAGCCAGCCUGCCCACACCAGCCCGACUUCACACUGCCCCCUCCUCCACUGUCACGUCCUCGCAGUACUUCUCGAGCACGCCACAGUCCCGGCAUCGGCCGCCGCCGCCUCAGCAUCGCCCUGGUGUUCGUGGUCCGCUCUGCCUCAGGGCUGCAGCAGCCAGCCUGCCCACACCAGCCCGACUCCACACUGCCCCCUCCUCCACUGUCACGUCCUCGCAGUACUUCUCGAGCACGCCACUGUCCCGGCAACGGCCGCCGCCGCCUCAGCAUCGCCAUGGCGUCCGUGGGCCGCUCUGCCUCAGGGCUGCAACAGCCAGCCUGCCCACACCAGCCUGACUCCACACUGCUCCCUCCUCCACUGUCACGUCCUCGCAGUACUUCUCGAGCACGCCACCGUCCCGGCAUCGGCCGCCGCCGCCUCAGCAUCGCCCUGGCGUCCGUGGGCCGCUCUGCCUCAGGGCUGCAGCAGCCAGCCUGCCCACACCAGCCCGACUCCACACUGCCCCCUCCUCCACUGUCACGUCCUCGCAGUACUUCUCGAGCAUGCCACCGUCACGGCAUUGGCCGCCGCCGCCUCAGCAUCGCCCUGGCGUCCGUGGGCCGCUGUGCCUCAUGGCUGCAGCAGCCAGCCUGCCCACACCAGCCCGACUCCACACUGCCCCCUCCUCCACUGUCACGUCCUUGCAGUACUUCUCGAGCACCUCACCGUCCCGGCAUCGGCCGCCGCCGCCUCAGCAUCGCCCUGGCGUCCGUGGGCCGCUCUGCCUCAGGGUUACAGCAGCCAGCCUGCCCACACCAGCCCGACUCCACACUGCCCCCUCCUCCACUGUCACGUCCUCGCAGUACUUCUCGAGCACGCCACCGUCCCGGCAUCGGCCGCCGCCGCCUCAGCAUCGCCCUGGCGUGCGUGGGCCGCUCUGCCUCAGGGCUGCAGCAGCCAGCCUGCCCACACCAGCCCGACUCCACACUGCUCUCCUCCAGUGUCACGUCCUCGCAGUACUUCUCGAGCACGCCACCGUCCCGGCAUCGGCCGCCGCCGCCUCAGCAUCGCCCUGGCGUCCGUGGGCCGCUCUGCCUCAGGGCUGCAGCAGCCAGCCUGCCCACACCAGCCCGACUCCACACUGCCCCCUCCUCCACUGUCACGUCCUCGCAGUACUUCUCGAGCACCCCACCGUCCCGGCAUCGGCCGCCGCCGCCUCAGCAUCGCCCUGGCGUCGGUGGGCCGCUCUGCCUCAGGGCUGCAGCAGCCAGCCUGCCCACACCAGCCCGACUCCACACUGCCUCCUCCUCCACUGUCACGUCCUCGCAGUACUUCUCGAGCACGCCAUCGUCCCGGCAUCGGCCGCCGCCGCCUCAGCAUCGCCCUGGCGUCUGUGGGCCGCUCUGCCUCAGGGCUGCAGCAGCCACCCUGCCACACCAGCCCGACUCCACACUGCCCCCUCCUCCACUGUCACGUCCUCGCAGUACUUCUCGAGCACGCCACCAUCCCGGCAUCGGCCGCCGCCGCCUCAGCAUCGCCCUGGCGUCCGUGGGCUGCUCUGCCUCAGGGCUGCAGCAGCCAGCCUGCCCACACCAGCCCGACUCCUCACUGCCCCCUCCUCCACUGUCACGUCCUCGCAGUACUUCUCGAGCACCCCACCGUCCCGGCAUCGGCCGCCGCCGCCUCAGCAUCGCCCUGGCGUCCGUGGGCCGCUCUGCCUCAGGGCUGCAGCAGCCAGCCUGCCCACACCAGCCCGACUUCACACUGCCCCCUCCUCCACUGUCACGUCCUCGCAGUACUUCUCGAGCACGCCACAGUCCCGGCAUCGGCCGCCGCCGCCUCAGCAUCGCCCUGGUGUUCGUGGUCCGCUCUGCCUCAGGGCUGCAGCAGCCAGCCUGCCCACACCAGCCCGACUCCACACUGCCCCCUCCUCCACUGUCACGUCCUCGCAGUACUUCUCGAGCAUGCCACUGUCCCGGCAACGGCCGCCGCCGCCUCAGCAUCGCCAUGGCGUCCGUGGGCCGCUCUGCCUCAGGGCUGCAACAGCCAGCCUGCCCACACCAGCCUGACUCCACACUGCUCCCUCCUCCACUGUCACGUCCUCGCAGUACUUCUCGAGCACGCCACCGUCCCGGCAUCGGCCGCCGCCGCCUCAGCAUCGCCCUGGCGUCCGUGGGCCGCUCUGCCUCAGGGCUGCAGCAGCCAGCCUGCCCACACCAGCCCGACUCCACACUGCCCCCUCCUCCACUGUCACGUCCUCGCAGUACUUCUCGAGCAUGCCACUGUCCCGGCAUCGGCCGCCGCCGCCUCAGCAUCGCCCUGGCGUCCGUGGGCCGCUGUGCCUCAUGGCUGCAGCAGCCAGCCUGCCCACACCAGCCCGACUCCACACUGCCCCCUCCUCCACUGUCACGUCCUUGCAGUACUUCUCGAGCACCCCACCGUCCCGGCAUCGGCCGCCGCCGCCUCAGCAUCGCCCUGGCGUCCGUGGGCCGCUCUGCCUCAGGGUUACAGCAGCCAGCCUGCCCACACCAGCCCGACUCCACACUGCCCCCUCCUCCACUGUCACGUCCUCGCAGUACUUCUCGAGCACGCCACCGUCCCGGCAUCGGCCGCCGCCGCCUCAGCAUCGCCCUGGCGUGCGUGGGCCGCUCUGCCUCAGGGCUGCAGCAGCCAGCCUGCCCACACCAGCCCGACUCCACACUGCUCUCCUCCAGUGUCACGUCCUCGCAGUACUUCUCGAGCACGCCACCGUCCCGGCAUCGGCCGCCGCCGCCUCAGCAUCGCCCUGGCGUCCGUGGGCCGCUCUGCCUCAGGGCUGCAGCAGCCAGCCUGCCCACACCAGCCCGACUCCACACUGCCCCCUCCUCCACUGUCACGUCCUCGCAGUACUUCUCGAGCACGCCACCGUCUCGGCUUCGGCCGCCGCCGCCUCAGCAUCGCCCUGGCGUCGGUGGGCCGCUCUGCCUCAGGGCUGCAGCAGCCAGCCUGCCCACACCAGCCCGACUCCACACUGCCCCCUCCUCCACUGUCACGUCCUCGCAGUACUUCUCAAGCACGCCAUCGUCCCGGCAUCGGCCGCCGCCGCCUCAGCAUCGCCCUGGCGUCUGUGGGCCGCUCUGCCUCAGGGCUGCAGCAGCCACCCUGCCACACCAGCCCGACUCCACACUGCCCCCUCCUCCACUGUCACGUCCUCGCAGUACUUCUCGAGCACGCCACCAUCCCGGCAUCGGCCGCCGCCGCCUCAGCAUCGCCCUGGCGUCCGUGGGCCGCUCUGCCUCAGGGCUGCAGCAGCCAGCCUGCCCACACCAGCCCGACUCCACACUGCCCCCUCCUCCACUGUCACGUCCUCGCAGUACUUCUCGAGCACCCCACCGUCCCGGCAUCGGCCGCCGCCACCUCAGCAUCGCCCUGGCGUCCGUGGGCCGCUCUGCCUCAGGGCUGCAGCAGCCAGCCUGCCCACACCAGCCCGACUCCACACUGCCCCCUCCUCCACUGUCACGUCCUCGCAGUACUUCUCGAGCAGGCCACCGUCCCGGCAUCGGCCGCCGCCGCCUCAGCAUCGCCCUGGCGUCCGUGGGCCGCUCUGCCUCAGGGCUGCAGCAGCCAGCCUGCCCACACCAGCCCGACUCCACACUGCCCCCUCCUCCACUGUCACGUCCUCGCAGUACUUCUCGAGCACGCCACCGUCCCGGCAACGGCCGCCGCCGCCUCAGCAUCGCCCUGGCGUCCGUGGGCCGCUCUGCCUCAGGGCUGCAACAGCCAGCCUGCCCACACCAGCCCGACUCCACACUGCUCCCUCCUCCACUGUCACGUCUUUGCAGUACUUCUCGAGCGCGCCACCGUCCCGGCAUCGGCCGCCGCCGCCUCAGCAUCGCCGUGGCGUCCGUGGGCCGCUCUGCCUCAGGGCUGCAGCAGCCAGCCUGCCCACACCAGCCCGACUCCACACUGCCCCCUCCUCCACUGUCACGUCCUCGCAGUACUUCUCGAGCACCCCACCGUCCCGGCAUCGGCCGCCGCCGCCACAGCAUCGCCCUGGCGUCGGUGGGCCGCUCUGCCUCAGGGCUGCAGCAGCCAGCCUGCCCACACCAGCCCGACUCCACACUGCCCCCUCCUCCACUGUCACGUCCUCGCAGUUCUUCUCGAGCACCCCACCGUCCCGGCAUCGGCCGCCGCCGCCUCAGCAUCGCCCUGGCGUCGGUGGGCCGCUCUGCCUCAGGGCUGCAGCAGCCAUCCUGCCCACACCAGCCCGACUCCACACUGCCCCCUCCUCCACUGUCACGUCCUCGCAGUACUUCUCGAGCACGCCACCGUCCCGGCAUCGGCCGCCGCCGCCUCAGCAUCGCCCUGGCGUCCGUGGGCCGCUCUGCCUCAGGGCUGCAGCAGCCAGCCUGCCCACACCAGCCCGACUCCACACUGCCCCCUCCUCCACUGUCACGGCCUCGCAGUACUUCUCGAGCACGCCAGCGUCCCAGCAUCGGCCGCCGCCGCCUCAGCAUCACCCUGGCGUCUGUGGGCCGCUCUGCCUCAGGGCUGCAGCAGCCAGCCUGCCCACACCAGCCCGACUCCACACUGCCCCCUCCUCCACUGUCACGUCCUCGCAGUACUUCUCGAGCACGCCACCGUCCCGGCAUCGGCCGCCGCCGCCUCAGCAUCGCCCUGGCGUCGGUGGGCCGCUCUGCCUCAGGGCUGCAGCAGCCAGCCUGCCCACACCAGCCCGACUCCACACUGCCCCCUCCUCCACUGUCACGUCCUCGCAGUACUUCUCGAGCACGCCACCGUCCCGGCAUCGGCCGCCGCCGCCUCAGCAUCGCCCUGGCGUCGGUGGGCCGCUCUGCCUCAGGGCUGCAGCAGCCAGCCUGCCCACACCAGCCCGACUCCACACUGCCCCCUCCUCCACUGUCACGUCCUCGCAGUACUUCUCGAGCACCCCACCGUCCCGGCAUCGGCCGCCGCCGCCUCAGCAUCGCCCUGGCGUCGGUGGGCCGCUCUGCCUCAGGGCUGCAGCAGCCAGCCUGCCCACACCAGCCCGACUCCACACUGCCCCCUCCUCCACUGUCACGUCCUCGCAGUACUUCUCGAGCACCCCACCGUCCCGGCAACGGCCGCCGCCUUCUCAACAUCGCCCUGGCGUCGGUGGGCCGCUCUGCCUCAGGGCUGCAGCAGCCAUCCUGCCCACACCAGCCCGACUCCACACUUCCCCCUCCUCCACUGUCACGUCCUCGCAGUACUUCUCGAGCACGCCACCGUCCCGGCAUCGGCCGCCGCCGCCUCAGCAUCGCCCUGGCGUCCGUGGGCCGCUCUGCCUCAGGGCUGCAACAGCCAGCCUGCCCACACCAGCCCGACUCCACACUGCCCCCUCCUCCACUGUCACGUCCUCGCAGUACUUCUCGAGCACCCCACCGUCCCGGCAUCGGCCGCCGCCGCCUCAGCAUCGCCCUGGCGUCGGUGGGCCGCUCUGCCUCAGGGCUGCAGCAGCCAGCCUGCCCACACCAGCCCGACUCCACACUGCCCCCUCCUCCACUGUCACGUCCUCGCAGUACUUCUCGAGCACCCCACCGUCCCGGCAAGCGCCGCCGCCGCCUCAGCAUCGCCCUGGCGUCGGUGGGCCGCUCUGCCUCAGGGCUGCAGCAGCCAGCCUGCCCACACCAGCCCGACUCCACACUGCCCCCUCCUCCACUGUCACGUCCUCGCAGUACUUCUCGAGCACCCCACCGUCCCGGCAAGCGCCGCCGCCGCCUCAGCAUCGCCCUGGCGUCGGUGGGCCGCUCUGCCUCAGGGCUGCAGCAGCCAGCCUGCCCACACCAGCCCGACUCCACACUGCCCCCUCCUCCACUGUCACGUCCUCGCAGUACUUCUCGAGCACGCCACCGUCCCGGCAUCGGCCGCCGCCGCCUCAGCAUCGCCCUGGCGUCCGUGGGCCGCUGUGCCUCAGGGCUGCAGCAGCCGGCCUGCCCACACCAGCCCGACUCCACACUGCCCCCUCCUCCACUGUCACGUCCUCGCAGUACUUCUCGAGCACGCCACCAUCCCGGCAUCGGCCGCCGCCGCCUCAGCAUCGCCCUGGCGUCCGUGGGCCGCUCUGCCUCAGGGCUGCAGCAGCCGGCCUGCCCACACCAGCCCGACUCCACACUGCCCCCUCCUCCACUGUCACGUCCUCGCAGUACUUCUCGAGCACGCCACCGUCCCGACAUCGGCCGCCGCCGCCUCAGCAUCGCCCUGGCGUCCGUGGGCCGCUCUGCCUCAGGGCUGCAGCAGCCAGCCUGCCCACACCAGCCUGACUCCACACUGACCCCUCCUCCACUGUCACGUUCUCGCAGUACGUCUCGAGCACGCCACCGUCCCGGCAUCGGCCGCCGCCGCCUCAGCAUCGCCCUGGCGUCCGUGGGCCGCUCUGCCUCAGGGCUGCAGCAGCCAGCCUGCCCACACCAGCCCGACUUCACACUGCCCCCUCCUCCACUGUCACGUCCUCGCAGUACUUCUCGAGCACGCCACAGUCCCGGCAUCGGCCGCCGCCGCCUCAGCAUCGCCCUGGUGUUCGUGGUCCGCUCUGCCUCAGGGCUGCAGCAGCCAGCCUGCCCACACCAGCCCGACUCCACACUGCCCCCUCCUCCACUGUCACGUCCUCGCAGUACUUCUCGAGCACGCCACUGUCCCGGCAACGGCCGCCGCCGCCUCAGCAUCGCCAUGGCGUCCGUGGGCCGCUCUGCCUCAGGGCUGCAACAGCCAGCCUGCCCACACCAGCCUGACUCCACACUGCUCCCUCCUCCACUGUCACGUCCUCGCAGUACUUCUCGAGCACGCCACCGUCCCGGCAUCGGCCGCCGCCGCCUCAGCAUCGCCCUGGCGUCCGUGGGCCGCUCUGCCUCAGGGCUGCAGCAGCCAGCCUGCCCACACCAGCCCGACUCCACACUGCCCCCUCCUCCACUGUCACGUCCUCGCAGUACUUCUCGAGCAUGCCACCGUCCCGGCAUCGGCCGCCGCCGCCUCAGCAUCGCCCUGGCGUCCGUGGGCCGCUGUGCCUCAUGGCUGCAGCAGCCAGCCUGCCCACACCAGCCCGACUCCACACUGCCCCCUCCUCCACUGUCACGUCCUUGCAGUACUUCUCGAGCACCUCACCGUCCCGGCAUCGGCCGCCGCCGCCUCAGCAUCGCCCUGGCGUCCGUGGGCCGCUCUGCCUCAGGGUUACAGCAGCCAGCCUGCCCACACCAGCCCGACUCCACACUGCCCCCUCCUCCACUGUCACGUCCUCGCAGUACUUCUCGAGCACGCCACCGUCCCGGCAUCGGCCGCCGCCGCCUCAGCAUCGCCCUGGCGUGCGUGGGCCGCUCUGCCUCAGGGCUGCAGCAGCCAGCCUGCCCACACCAGCCCGACUCCACACUGCUCUCCUCCAGUGUCACGUCCUCGCAGUACUUCUCGAGCACGCCACCGUCCCGGCAUCGGCCGCCGCCGCCUCAGCAUCGCCCUGGCGUCCGUGGGCCGCUCUGCCUCAGGGCUGCAGCAGCCAGCCUGCCCACACCAGCCCGACUCCACACUGCCCCCUCCUCCACUGUCACGUCCUCGCAGUACUUCUCGAGCACCCCACCGUCCCGGCAUCGGCCGCCGCCGCCUCAGCAUCGCCCUGGCGUCGGUGGGCCGCUCUGCCUCAGGGCUGCAGCAGCCAGCCUGCCCACACCAGCCCGACUCCACACUGCCUCCUCCUCCACUGUCACGUCCUCGCAGUACUUCUCGAGCACGCCAUCGUCCCGGCAUCGGCCGCCGCCGCCUCAGCAUCGCCCUGGCGUCUGUGGGCCGCUCUGCCUCAGGGCUGCAGCAGCCACCCUGCCACACCAGCCCGACUCCACACUGCCCCCUCCUCCACUGUCACGUCCUCGCAGUACUUCUCGAGCACGCCACCAUCCCGGCAUCGGCCGCCGCCGCCUCAGCAUCGCCCUGGCGUCCGUGGGCUGCUCUGCCUCAGGGCUGCAGCAGCCAGCCUGCCCACACCAGCCCGACUCCUCACUGCCCCCUCCUCCACUGUCACGUCCUCGCAGUACUUCUCGAGCACCCCACCGUCCCGGCAUCGGCCGCCGCCGCCUCAGCAUCGCCCUGGCGUCCGUGGGCCGCUCUGCCUCAGGGCUGCAGCAGCCAGCCUGCCCACACCAGCCCGACUUCACACUGCCCCCUCCUCCACUGUCACGUCCUCGCAGUACUUCUCGAGCACGCCACAGUCCCGGCAUCGGCCGCCGCCGCCUCAGCAUCGCCCUGGUGUUCGUGGUCCGCUCUGCCUCAGGGCUGCAGCAGCCAGCCUGCCCACACCAGCCCGACUCCACACUGCCCCCUCCUCCACUGUCACGUCCUCGCAGUACUUCUCGAGCAUGCCACUGUCCCGGCAACGGCCGCCGCCGCCUCAGCAUCGCCAUGGCGUCCGUGGGCCGCUCUGCCUCAGGGCUGCAACAGCCAGCCUGCCCACACCAGCCUGACUCCACACUGCUCCCUCCUCCACUGUCACGUCCUCGCAGUACUUCUCGAGCACGCCACCGUCCCGGCAUCGGCCGCCGCCGCCUCAGCAUCGCCCUGGCGUCCGUGGGCCGCUCUGCCUCAGGGCUGCAGCAGCCAGCCUGCCCACACCACCCCGACUCCACACUGCCCCCUCCUCCACUGUCACGUCCUCGCAGUACUUCUCGAGCAUGCCACCGUCCCGGCAUCGGCCGCCGCCGCCUCAGCAUCGCCCUGGCGUCCGUGGGCCGCUGUGCCUCAUGGCUGCAGCAGCCAGCCUGCCCACACCAGCCCGACUCCACACUGCCCCCUCCUCCACUGUCACGUCCUUGCAGUACUUCUCGAGCACCCCACCGUCCCGGCAUCGGCCGCCGCCGCCUCAGCAUCGCCCUGGCGUCCGUGGGCCGCUCUGCCUCAGGGUUACAGCAGCCAGCCUGCCCACACCAGCCCGACUCCACACUGCCCCCUCCUCCACUGUCACGUCCUCGCAGUACUUCUCGAGCACGCCACCGUCCCGGCAUCGGCCGCCGCCGCCUCAGCAUCGCCCUGGCGUGCGUGGGCCGCUCUGCCUCAGGGCUGCAGCAGCCAGCCUGCCCACACCAGCCCGACUCCACACUGCUCUCCUCCAGUGUCACGUCCUCGCAGUACUUCUCGAGCACGCCACCGUCCCGGCAUCGGCCGCCGCCGCCUCAGCAUCGCCCUGGCGUCCGUGGGCCGCUCUGCCUCAGGGCUGCAGCAGCCAGCCUGCCCACACCAGCCCGACUCCACACUGCCCCCUCCUCCACUGUCACGUCCUCGCAGUACUUCUCGAGCACGCCACCGUCCCGGCAUCGGCCGCCGCCGCCUCAGCAUCGCCCUGGCGUCGGUGGGCCGCUCUGCCUCAGGGCUGCAGCAGCCAGCCUGCCCACACCAGCCCGACUCCACACUGCCCCCUCCUCCACUGUCACGUCCUCGCAGUACUUCUCAAGCACGCCAUCGUCCCGGCAUCGGCCGCCGCCGCCUCAGCAUCGCCCUGGCGUCUGUGGGCCGCUCUGCCUCAGGGCUGCAGCAGCCACCCUGCCACACCAGCCCGACUCCACACUGCCCCCUCCUCCACUGUCACGUCCUCGCAGUACUUCUCGAGCACGCCACCAUCCCGGCAUCGGCCGCCGCCGCCUCAGCAUCGCCCUGGCGUCCGUGGGCCGCUCUGCCUCAGGGCUGCAGCAGCCAGCCUGCCCACACCAGCCCGACUCCACACUGCCCCCUCCUCCACUGUCACGUCCUCGCAGUACUUCUCGAGCACCCCACCGUCCCGGCAUCGGCCGCCGCCACCUCAGCAUCGCCCUGGCGUCCGUGGGCCGCUCUGCCUCAGGGCUGCAGCAGCCAGCCUGCCCACACCAGCCCGACUCCACACUGCCCCCUCCUCCACUGUCACGUCCUCGCAGUACUUCUCGAGCAGGCCACCGUCCCGGCAUCGGCCGCCGCCGCCUCAGCAUCGCCCUGGCGUCCGUGGGCCGCUCUGCCUCAGGGCUGCAGCAGCCAGCCUGCCCACACCAGCCCGACUCCACACUGCCCCCUCCUCCACUGUCACGUCCUCGCAGUACUUCUCGAGCACGCCACCGUCCCGGCAACGGCCGCCGCCGCCUCAGCAUCGCCCUGGCGUCCGUGGGCCGCUCUGCCUCAGGGCUGCAACAGCCAGCCUGCCCACACCAGCCCGACUCCACACUGCUCCCUCCUCCACUGUCACGUCUUUGCAGUACUUCUCGAGCGCGCCACCGUCCCGGCAUCGGCCGCCGCCGCCUCAGCAUCGCCGUGGCGUCCGUGGGCCGCUCUGCCUCAGGGCUGCAGCAGCCAGCCUGCCCACACCAGCCCGACUCCACACUGCCCCCUCCUCCACUGUCACGUCCUCGCAGUACUUCUCGAGCACCCCACCGUCCCGGCAUCGGCCGCCGCCGCCACAGCAUCGCCCUGGCGUCGGUGGGCCGCUCUGCCUCAGGGCUGCAGCAGCCAGCCUGCCCACACCAGCCCGACUCCACACUGCCCCCUCCUCCACUGUCACGUCCUCGCAGUACUUCUCGAGCACCCCACCGUCCCGGCAUCGGCCGCCGCCGCCUCAGCAUCGCCCUGGCGUCGGUGGGCCGCUCUGCCUCAGGGCUGCAGCAGCCAUCCUGCCCACACCAGCCCGACUCCACACUGCCCCCUCCUCCACUGUCACGUCCUCGCAGUACUUCUCGAGCACGCCACCGUCCCGGCAUCGGCCGCCGCCGCCUCAGCAUCGCCCUGGCGUCCGUGGGCCGCUCUGCCUCAGGGCUGCAGCAGCCAGCCUGCCCACACCAGCCCGACUCCACACUGCCCCCUCCUCCACUGUCACGGCCUCGCAGUACUUCUCGAGCACGCCAGCGUCCCAGCAUCGGCCGCCGCCGCCUCAGCAUCACCCUGGCGUCUGUGGGCCGCUCUGCCUCAGGGCUGCAGCAGCCAGCCUGCCCACACCAGCCCGACUCCACACUGCCCCCUCCUCCACUGUCACGUCCUCGCAGUACUUCUCGAGCACGCCACCGUCCCGGCAUCGGCCGCCGCCGCCUCAGCAUCGCCCUGGCGUCGGUGGGCCGCUCUGCCUCAGGGCUGCAGCAGCCAGCCUGCCCACACCAGCCCGACUCCACACUGCCCCCUCCUCCACUGUCACGUCCUCGCAGUACUUCUCGAGCACGCCACCGUCCCGGCAUCGGCCGCCGCCGCCUCAGCAUCGCCCUGGCGUCGGUGGGCCGCUCUGCCUCAGGGCUGCAGCAGCCAGCCUGCCCACACCAGCCCGACUCCACACUGCCCCCUCCUCCACUGUCACGUCCUCGCAGUACUUCUCGAGCACCCCACCGUCCCGGCAUCGGCCGCCGCCGCCUCAGCAUCGCCCUGGCGUCGGUGGGCCGCUUCUGCCUCAGGGCUGCAGCAGCCAGCCUGCCCACACCAGCCCGACUCCACACUGCCCCCUCCUCCACUGUCACGUCCUCGCAGUACUUCUCGAGCACCCCACCGUCCCGGCAACGGCCGCCGCCUUCUCAACAUCGCCCUGGCGUCGGUGGGCCGCUCUGCCUCAGGGCUGCAGCAGCCAUCCUGCCCACACCAGCCCGACUCCACACUUCCCCCUCCUCCACUGUCACGUCCUCGCAGUACUUCUCGAGCACGCCACCGUCCCGGCAUCGGCCGCCGCCGCCUCAGCAUCGCCCUGGCGUCCGUGGGCCGCUCUGCCUCAGGGCUGCAACAGCCAGCCUGCCCACACCAGCCCGACUCCACACUGCCCCCUCCUCCACUGUCACGUCCUCGCAGUACUUCUCGAGCACCCCACCGUCCCGGCAUCGGCCGCCGCCGCCUCAGCAUCGCCCUGGCGUCGGUGGGCCGCUCUGCCUCAGGGCUGCAGCAGCCAGCCUGCCCACACCAGCCCGACUCCACACUGCCCCCUCCUCCACUGUCACGUCCUCGCAGUACUUCUCGAGCACCCCACCGUCCCGGCAAGCGCCGCCGCCGCCUCAGCAUCGCCCUGGCGUCGGUGGGCCGCUCUGCCUCAGGGCUGCAGCAGCCAGCCUGCCCACACCAGCCCGACUCCACACUGCCCCCUCCUCCACUGUCACGUCCUCGCAGUACUUCUCGAGCACCCCACCGUCCCGGCAAGCGCCGCCGCCGCCUCAGCAUCGCCCUGGCGUCGGUGGGCCGCUCUGCCUCAGGGCUGCAGCAGCCAGCCUGCCCACACCAGCCCGACUCCACACUGCCCCCUCCUCCACUGUCACGUCCUCGCAGUACUUCUCGAGCACGCCACCGUCCCGGCAUCGGCCGCCGCCGCCUCAGCAUCGCCCUGGCGUCCGUGGGCCGCUGUGCCUCAGGGCUGCAGCAGCCGGCCUGCCCACACCAGCCCGACUCCACACUGCCCCCUCCUCCACUGUCACGUCCUCGCAGUACUUCUCGAGCACCCCACCGUCCCGGCAAGCGCCGCCGCCGCCUCAGCAUCGCCCUGGCGUCGGUGGGCCGCUCUGCCUCAGGGCUGCAGCAGCCAGCCUGCCCACACCAGCCCGACUCCACACUGCCCCCUCCUCCACUGUCACGUCCUCGCAGUACUUCUCGAGCACGCCACCGUCCCGGCAUCGGCCGCCGCCGCCUCAGCAUCGCCCUGGCGUCCGUGGGCCGCUCUGCCUCAGGGCUGCAACAGCCAGCCUGCCCAAACCAGGCCGACUCCACACUGCCCCCUCCUCCACUGUCACGUCCUCGCAGUACUUCUCGAGCACCCCACCGUCCCGGCAUCGACCGCCGCCGCCUCAGCAUCGCCCUGGCGUCGGUGGGCCGCUCUGCCUCAGGGCUGCAGCAGCCAGCCUGCCCACACCAGCCCGACUCCACACUGCCCCCUCCUCCACUGUCACGUCCUCGCAGUACUUCUCGAGUACCCCACCGUCCCGGCAUCGGCCGCCGCCGCCUCAGCAUCGCCCUGGCGUCGGUGGGCUGCUCUGCCUCAGGGCUGCAGCAGCCAGCCUGCCCACACCAGCCCGACUCCACACUGCCCCCUCCUCCACUGUCACGUCCUCGCAGUACUUCUCGAGCACGCCACCGUCCCGACAUCGGCCGCCCCCGCUCAGCAUCGCCCUGGCGUCCGUGGGCCGCUCUGCCUCAGGGCUGCAGCAGCCAGCCUGCCCACACCAGCCCGACUCCACACUGCCCCCUCCUCCACUGUCACGUCCUCGCAGUACUUCUCGAGCACCCCACCGUCCCGGCAAGCGCCGCCGCCGUCUCAGCAUCGCCCUGGCGUCGGUGGGCCGCUCUGCCUCAGGGCUGCAGCAGCCAGCCUGCCCACACCAGCCCGACUCCACACUGCCCCCUCCUCCACUGUCACGUCCUCGCAGUACUUCUCGAGCACGCCACCGUCCCGGCAUCGGCCGCCGCCGCCUCAGCAUCGCCCUGGCGUCCGUGGGCCGCUGUGCCUCAGGGCUGCAGCAGCCGGCCUGCCCACACCAGCCCGACUCCACACUGCCCCCUCCUCCACUGUCACGUCCUCGCAGUACUUCUCGAGCACCCCACCGUCCCGGCAAGCGCCGCCGCCGCCUCAGCAUCGCCCUGGCGUCGGUGGGCCGCUCUGCCUCAGGGCUGCAGCAGCCAGCCUGCCCACACCAGCCCGACUCCACACUGCCCCCUCCUCCACUGUCACGUCCUCGCAGUACUUCUCGAGCACGCCACCGUCCCGGCAUCGGCCGCCGCCGCCUCAGCAUCGCCCUGGCGUCCGUGGGCCGCUCUGCCUCAGGGCUGCAACAGCCAGCCUGCCCAAACCAGGCCGACUCCACACUGCCCCCUCCUCCACUGUCACGUCCUCGCAGUACUUCUCGAGCACCCCACCGUCCCGGCAUCGACCGCCGCCGCCUCAGCAUCGCCCUGGCGUCGGUGGGCCGCUCUGCCUCAGGGCUGCAGCAGCCAGCCUGCCCACACCAGCCCGACUCCACACUGCCCCCUCCUCCACUGUCACGUCCUCGCAGUACUUCUCGAGCACGCCACCGUCCCGGCAUCGACCGCCGCCGCCUCAGCAUCGCCCUGGCGUCGGUGGGCCGCUCUGCCUCAGGGCUGCAGCAGCCACCCUGCCACACCAGCCCGACUCCACACUGCCCCCUCCUCCACUGUCACGUCCUCGCAGUACUUCUCGAGCACGCCACCGUCCCGGCAUCGGCCGCCGCCGCCUCAGCAUCGCCCUGGCGUCGGUGGGCCGCUCUGCCUCAGGGCUGCAGCAGCCAGCCUGCCCACACCAGCCCGACUCCACACUGCCCCCUCCUCCACUGUCACGUCCUCGCAUCACUGCACUUCUUCUUCUACUCGACAUUAUACGCAGUCGUUUCCAUCUCUCUAGACUACAUCCGUCCAGAACCUGAGGCGCUCGAGAUGGAGAUGGCGCAGGCGCAGCUGCAAUGUAUGUCACGCGGCAUAGCCCGUAUACCUAGAGUGGUGGUUGGGGGGCGGGAGGCCCCGAUCAGGGCUGCGCGGGAAGCGGCGGCGGCGGCAGAAGGCGCGCAGCACCGCCCCAGCCCCCCUGGCGCCCCUGGCCACGAGGAAGAGCAGCGGCCUCCCGCCGCGCAGGCAGGCAGAGGGAGCUGCUCCAGCCGGCUGCCGCCGCCUGCACCUCCUCCGGCAGCUCUCCCCCUCCCUGUAGACGCCGACACGCCGGCGCCAGCUCCAGCUCCUACCCUGUGGCUAGCGCCUGAAGAACAGGUAGAAGACGUGGAACAAUUUUCUCCUCCAGAAGAUGACGAAAUGGAGAGAGUCUCCUCUGAAGAUGUUUGGACCAUGCAGCCCACCGACGGAGAGGGCGAUAUUACACCAGUUCGCCAAACAAAACGACUCAACGCUUCUCCUAAGCAGAAUAACUCUCGGAAGCGACAACGUCCAGAAGAACUGAAAACUUCCGACCGUUAUGAGGCUGUUGCGACUGGAGAUAAUGCGGAUGCUCCAGAACGUAUGGACCAGACGUGUGACGUCAAUCUCGAAUCAGAUAAAGAGGAGACAGAUGGCUCUGGCCGGAACUUACUACGAAAAGUCCCGCCCGUUAAUAUUUACCAUACCAAGAACUACAUGGAACUCAGGAAGGCGCUGAAAACGAAUAUUGACGGCAGUCUUAAGGCCAUCUACCAACGAGACAGAAUCAAAUAUCACUUUGACUCCUAUGAAGAUCAACGGGCGGCCAUUACAUCCUUUGUGUCGAAUGACAUCCACUUUUUUACACAUCAGGCCGCAGAGGACAAGGACCUCAAAGUGGUUGUCAAACGUCUACCUGCCGAAGUUACGGAGGAAGAACUGAAAGCCGCUCUGAUAGAGAAGGCCCUCUCAACGGAGGUCUCGUGUAACACGGAACUCGAAGCUGACGCCACACCCGCCGCCACACCGUCAGCAAACGCCACAAGAACAGCCAGCGGCGACUCGGCAGCCAGUAGCACAGCCUCCUCCUGA